ACAACACUCUCUCUUCCCGCACGGGGCGCGAAGUUCUCCGGGCGUUCUAGACUGGAAUGUUGGGGACCGAGGGGCUCUGAAGUCCCCGCCCGCGGAGCGGAAGCCCCGUCCCCUGGAUCUCCGCCCUCCCUCCCUCCCUCCCUCCGCCCGGGUGAUGGACGCGGAGCCGCAGCCGGACAGCCUGGACGGGUGGGUGGCGGUCAAGGAGGACGCCUUCGGCCAGCCCGAGGGGGCGCCCCACAAGCUGCGCUUCCUCGUCGCGUGGAACGCCGUGGAGGGCAAGUUCGCCGUCCCCUGCCACAACCGCACCCUGCAAGAGCAAGAGGCCGCCGGGCCGGGAGCCGACGACGGGCCGCGGAAGAGCUGGGCCGGCCUGUACUCCUCGCAGGCCCUGCUGGGCGUCCACCGGCAGCUGGUGGCCCUGAACGGGCGGCUGGAGCCGUCCUUCCCGCCGCUGCCCCCGGCGCUGAGCGGCCCGGGCGGCGGCCUCUGGGCCCUGCUCUUCCCCCACUGCCCGGUGCUGGAGGAGGCCGAGCUCGAGGGGCUCUGCCGGCGGCUGGAGGCCUACUUGGGCUGGGCGCUGGACCUGUGCGGCCGCAAGGCGCUGCUCGACUCGCUUUUCGCCCAGGAUCAGGACGAGGAGGACGAGUACUUCGAGAACCUGCAGGAGUUCCGGAGGAAAGCGCUCAAGGCCCAGCUGACAGCCGCCAAGGAGGCCUUGCGGAGGGUCCUACAUCGGCACAAAGAUGCUGACACCUUGGUAGCCUUAAUGGAGGUUUAUGAGGAGGAAGAUGAAGCAUAUUGGGAGCUGGUUACCGUGGCGACCAAAUUCUAUCAAUAUUUGUUGCAGCCAUUCAGAGACAUGCGAGAACUGGCAACGUUAUACAAAUUGGAGAUCCUAAAAUCCUUACAAGCGGAUAGGCUGGGCCCGAAAAGGAGAGAAGCCUUGCAGGUGGAGGCAGAGGAGUGGACCAUGCAGGUGGAAGAAGCCAUGUGCUCCAUCCAAGACAUCACUGUCAGCUACUUCAAGGAAACGGUGAUGGCACUGGCGGCAAUGAAGAAACAGAUGGAGCAAGACCGCCAGCGGUUUGGCCAAGCCGCCUGGGCAUCAGCUUCUCCGAGACUAGAAAACCUCAAGUACCUUUUAGCCAAAGAGACCCUUCAGCACAUGAGAGCGAGAGAACUGUGCCUCAACCACAAGAGAGCUGACAUCCGGAAGCAAAUGGAGGCCUUUGAAGAUCAAGAAAAUGACCUGGCUCGACUAGAACAGCUGGAAAUAGAAUAUUACGAAACCCAGCUGGAGCUGUACGAAGUAGAGUUUGAGAUCCUGAAGAAUGAAGAAAUGCUGCUUGUCACACAGUUGGAAACGUUGAGGCGACGGAUGAAAGAAAUUCAGGAUGAAGUGAUUUAUUAUGAUACAUGUGAAAACCCUGAUGAGCUGCAAGCCUCUGAACAAGCCCUGGAAGAAACGCACGUGCCUUCCUCCGAAAUGGCGCAACUGCGGCAGAAGACCAAGCAGCUGGAGACAAAACGUGGGGUUAUCUGUUCAAGGAGAGCCUAUCUCAGGAACAAAAAGGACCAGUGUGAAGAAAGCCACCAUCUGAGGCUCCAGCAGGCACAAGAGAGUGCUCGGCAUUUCCAGCAGCAUCACAGCAUCCAGAUUAAAAGAGACAACAGGAAGGAGGAGGAGAAAAAGAAGAAAGCCUGGAUAAAGGAGGAGCGUCAGAAAACCCUGGAGAGGCUAAAGUCCUUCAAAGAGAAAUGUCCGGCUCAGUUUGUGUUGAAGACUUCCCGCUCUCAGCCUCUGAGCUCCACGCAGCGGCAGGGCAUCCCCCGCCGGACUCCAACCACCCCCCCUCAGCCUUUGUCAAUAAGCAAGACGCCUGCAAAGCAGUCCAAAAACUCCCACCUCGUGCAAGCCAAAGGUGUCAAAGCACCUCGCCGGAAGCCGCCUGCAGAUGUUCCUGUCCAGAUUUUUCUUCCGUCCUGUGACCCAAAGCAACAGAAGAACAAUGAGGGGGGCACAGUGUCACCGCCGCCACCACCUCCUCCACCUCCUCCUCCUCCACCACCUCCUCCUCCUCCUCCAGUUCUGGGCACUCAUCCUGUUUGCUCAAAAUCGAUGCAAGCUAAAGACAAGUCUCUGCCCCUUGCAUGUGAAGACCCUCCCAGAGAAAGGGACUCCAAAGGGGACAAACAUGAUACAUCCAAGUGUGUACCAAGUAAUUGUACAGGAUCCAUGGAUGAGGUUUUGGCUUCGCUUAAGCGUGGCGAGAUCCUUCUUCGUAAAGUGGAACCGGCCUCUUCGGCUCCUCCCUUCAGCUCUUCUCUCAACGACAACAUCCUGGCAGCCAUCAGGAAGGGAGUGAAACUGCGGAAAGUCAGCCAAGAGCCCAAGAAAGACGGCGAGAGAGGAUCCGACAGUGAGCUGGAGAGGAGCAUCAAGGCGGCCAUCCAGAGGAUUAAGAAAGUGUCUGCCGAUUCAGAAGAGGAGGAAUGCAAUGAGCGCAACAGUGGGGAAUGGAACAGUUAAUGGGAUGGUUUUUUAGUUCUGUUCUCACUGAGAAGAUCAUGAGUGACUGACAAGCUUCUCUGAAAUAUGGUUUGUCCACCUGUCUGCAGUGCGCAGUCAUAGGAGGCAUUUUGCCAUGUGUGUUAGGACAUGCCCUGUCCAUGCAGGGCAGCUCUGUGCCCCAGACAGAACCCUGCCUGAACGGAGGCAGUGACGCGGCAAGGGGCUCAGGAGCCUUUGAACCGGGGGGGGGGGGAUGAAUCUGAGGAAAAGAUUCCUUUCCCCUCAAAGGUGGGAAGCUUUGAAAAUCAAUGUGUUUAACGGUCAUGAUCAAAUUUAGAGUCCAGUGGCAACAAAGUAUGAGCUUUCAUGUGCAAGGCACACACU